AUGGCCUCACAAUCUGCAUCACGAGCGCUACCGAGAGCGCUGCGAAGGAGUCGAUGGCCGCAACAACAGCUCUCGAGGAGGCGCAUUGCCACUGCUGCCGCCGUGGAGCAACAACGGCCUGAACCGUUCCUCCCAGAGCAUAUACCGUCCAUCACGCCGCGCGGCGACCGCAAGCAGAACGUCCGCGAUGCCAAACCCUUCUCCGACUUCUUAACCGACAACUUCAGUCGACAGCACGACUACCUACGCAUAUCGCUGACGGAACGAUGCAACCUCCGAUGUCUAUACUGUAUGCCGGAAGAGGGCAUCCAGCUGUCGCCGAAUCGAGACAUACUCACGACCGCCGAGAUUUACUAUCUGAGCGCCCUCUUCGUCAACCAAGGCGUGAACAAGAUCAGGCUGACUGGAGGUGAGCCUACUGUGAGGAAGGAUAUCGUCCCGUUGAUGCAGCAGCUCGGCACACUGAGACGCAAUGGCUUGAAAGAGAUUGCCCUUACCACGAAUGCCAUAUCGCUGCACCGGAAACUGGACGACAUGGUGGAGGCAGGCUUGACUGGCGUCAACAUCAGCUUGGAUACUCUCGAUCCGCACCAAUUUGUACUGUUGACUCGGAGGCAAGGCUUCGAGGCCGUCAUGAAGAGCAUCAACAAGGUCCUGGAAAUGAACAAACUGGGUGCUGGCAUUCAACUGAAGAUCAAUUGCGUUGCGAUGCGUGGCCUGAACGACCACCAAAUCUUGCCCUUUGUGGACAUGACCCGCGACGAAGAUAUCGAAGUUCGCUUUAUCGAAUACAUGCCAUUUGGUGGCAACAAGUGGUCCGAGAAGAAGAUGCUGCCUUAUGCCGAGAUGCUUGACCUCAUUGGCACGAAAUAUCCUAGCAUCGAACGCUUGCAAGGCGCAAAGAACGACACAUCGAAAACAUGGCAGGUCCCAGGUUUCAAAGGCCGUGUUGGUUUCAUCACGAGCAUGACACACAACUUUUGUGGUACAUGCAACAGGUUACGAAUCACUUCCGAUGGCAACCUCAAGGUGUGUUUGCACGGAGAAACGGAAGUUAGCCUUCGUGACCUACUACGGAAGGACAACAAUGCAGAUCCUAUGGAUGAGGCGGCUUUUGAAGCAAUCCGACAAAUCGAACUUGACCGCCGGAAACAGGACAGCUAUCGCUCUGAUGGCGGAGAGGGCUGGAUAAGCAAAGAGCGAGAACUUCUGAAUGUGAUUGGUGCUGCAGUGAAGCGCAAAAAGGCGAAGCAUGCCGGAACUGGUGAGUUGGAGAAAAUGAAGAACCGCCCGAUGAUCUUGAUUGGUGAUGAAAGCCGAACCCGAGCUCUUCCAAUACAUUCCUCACGACUUUCAAGCGUUGGACUCGCCGCGCAAAGUGUGCCAUGGUUACAUGUUCCGACCCACUUGCUGCAUUUGUCGAGCAGUAUUGCUGCUCAAAGUCGCCUGUACUCGACAAAUCGCAACACCGACGAUCAACCCUCUACCAACGGCGAGCCUCAGCAUGAGACCGAUUCAGCAUCUUCCAGAUUGGCAUCGACAUUUGGAUUCCAGAGCUUAUCGGGGCUUUUUCAAGAACCAUCAAGAGGCAGAUAUAGUCGCCCACGAAGGCCUGAAAUGGCAGAAACUUCGCCUGGACAGCAACCGGAUGCUCCAGUGACGGAGAAACGCUCUGAUCACUUGAACGCUGGCACGGGAUUCUUUACGACAGGAGGCUCAGCCCUAGGGAACCGAUCGGUGCCUGAUCGCGAUGAAUCAACGGACACGCUACCAAGUAUACGUCGAAUAGUAUCACGCGAAGGCUACAUAACGGAGCAUGUUUCCAGCGACCAGGCGACCUCACUGCCGCGCUUGAAUAGGAUAGAAGUCAGAGGCAGGGCAACGGCGGGUCAGCAAGCUCGUCGUCUGCCAGGUCGCUCUCGGCCCAUUCACUGGACGGACAAAUCGCCUGCAACGGGCGUUGGUCAAACAUCAUCCGGCGCGGACAGGACAAGUCGCGGCAGCAUUCGAAAGACUACAGCUGGUACGCGACCCAACCCUUUCGCCAUGAAAUCACCUACUAUCUCUGCAAGCCAAAAUCCAUCCAGCCCGGACACCACUUCAGUAAGCACAAAGCCUGCUUGGGGCCUUGUUCGGGAUGAUCACGGAAGUGCAGACUCGAUCUCCGAGCUAUGCACAUAUACAACAGAACCUCUACCCGAAGAUGAGGCCACUUCACGAGCUGGUGAUAAACUCCCUACAGUGCCGCCUGCAUCGACGAAGAAGGUGACACCCAGAUCUGCACCUUACCAUCCCGAUACGGGGCCAUCUUCAGAGCCUGUACCAAAAUUGCUUACCCAUGUGAAGGCAUCUGGCGAGGCACACAUGGUUGACGUUGGCGCGAAAGAAGAUACGAAGAGGGUCGCUGUGGCCGUGUCAUCAGUUCAUUUCAGUAAUGACGAUCCAUUUCGCCUCAUCUCCGAGAACAGCAACAAGAAAGGCGAUGUUCUCGGCGUAGCCAGGAUCGCGGGCAUUAUGGGUGCUAAACGUACUUCAGAUAUUGUCCCGCUAUGUCAUCCAAUAUCAAUCAGCAAAGUAGAAGCUGAUGUCGAGCUGCUCCCGCCUGGACACUGCGAUCACUGUCAACGCAAGACACAGAAUGGCGGUGUAAGCAUAUUAGCGCAAGUGGAAUGCUGCGGUCCAACUGGAGUAGAGAUGGAAGCCCUGACUGCUGCCCUCACCGCGGCUUUAACGGUAGUUGACAUGUGCAAGGCGGUCGAUCGUCAGAUCAGGAUCACAAAUACGGAGGUGGUGUACAAAAGCGGCGGCAGGAGUGGCUUGUAUUGUUACGGUCCCUGGGCACGCAACGUAGGGCGAGGAUUCCUCGAAGAACGAGGACUGGAGGUGCCUGUCACGAGGAAACCUUGGGAGGAGAAACCAGGAGAUGCACUACAGGUGCAACGAGCACGGAGGUAA